AUGGUUGCCAAAGUCUUUACCAGCGAGAAAGCGUCGAACCAGAGCCGUACAUCAGCCUGGUUCGGCCUAGUCUUUCUCAUGCCAUAUUCCACACCGCUGGCACUCAGACCCAGCAGAGUUAGCUCCCGACGAGGUGGCCAUGUCCCCAGCUCUCUCCGAAUCGCUCCGGGCUCAUCGUUGCGCAAGUCCCUCCUCCUGCAGGUACAACCGCACUCGCCACCCACCGAGAUCGCCCGGGCCUGCAUGACAUCUCUUGUGUCGAAGACGUCAAGGAGGGAUGUGCAAUGA